GAAAAUUGCACAAUCCCCAAAUUCCCCCCAAUCAAGAUAAUUUCACAAAAUCUCUGGGUUCGUUUCUCUCUUCCUAAACCCCUCAAAACAUAACCAGAUUUUGUUUAGUCUCUCUGUCUCUGUGGUUUUCACGAUUCGUACCUAAAUUUCUUAAUUUUUUUAGAGACCCAUCUUGCUUCUUCUCUUAUCUUCUCUCUUCAUCUCAUCAAAACGCUAAUGGCUGAGGGUGGUCAAAGCUUUGUUGAACAUGAAGAGGAGCGGGUGCAAGAACCUGAAAACUUGGAGCAGAAUGUGAACCUGGAGCACAACCUGAAUUUGGAGCAGAAUCCGAACCUGGAGUACGACUUGAACUUGGAGCACAACGUGAACUUGGAGGAAAAUCCAGAAGAGAAUUUGGAGGAGCAGAACUUGCACCAGGAAUCAGAGCUUCAACCAAAACAAGAACAUGAAGAUGAGGCAAUGGUUGGAGGCGGUGAAAAGAAGUGGCCUGGAUGGCCUGGAGAGAGUGUGUUCCGGAUGUUGGUUCCUGCACAAAAGGUUGGUAGUAUAAUUGGACGUAAAGGGGAGUUUAUAAAAAAAAUAGUUGAGGAGACAAGAGCUCGCAUCAAGAUACUUGAUGGUCCUCCAGGAACGACAGAGAGAGCUGUAAUGGUAUCUGCGAAGGAGGAGCCUGAUUCUUCUCUUCCGCCUGCUAUGGACGGGCUUUUGAGGGUCCAUAAACGCAUUGUUGAUGGUUUGGAGGGUGAUUCAUCUCAUGCACAUACGGCUGUAACCAAGGUUUCAACAAGGCUGCUAGUCCCUGCCUCACAAGCUGGGAGUUUAAUCGGAAAACAAGGAACAACUGUCAAAUCCAUUCAAGAAUCUUCUAAUUGUAUCGUUAGAGUUCUUGGAGCAGAAGAUCUUCCAGUCUUUGCUCUUCAAGAUGAUAGGGUUGUCGAAGUUGUAGGAGAAGCGGCUGGUGUGCACAGAGCAGUGGAGCUAAUUGCAUCUCAUCUCAGGAAGUUUUUAGUGGACCGCACUAUAAUUCCAUUAUUUGAAAUGCAUAUGCAAAUGUCUAAUCCUCAGAUGGAACACAUGCCACCUCAUCAAUCUUGGGGUCCACCUCAAGGUGUCCCUUCAAAUGCUAGUGGAGGUGCUGGUUUUGGACACAAUCCUCAGUACAUGCCGCCUCCACGGCAACUUGACAAUUACUACCCACCUACUGAUAUGCCUCAUAUGGAGAAACAGCCACAUCAGGGUAUUUCUGCCUAUGGAAGAGAAGCCCCAAUGGGUGCCCAUGCAUCAUCAAAUCCCCAGAGUGCACCAUCAAUGAUCACACAGGUCACUCAGCAAAUGCAAAUUCCGCUAUCUUAUGCUGAUGCUGUUAUUGGGACUGCUGGUGCAAGCAUUAGCUAUAUUCGACGUGCUAGUGGGGCAACUGUCACCAUUCAAGAAACUAGGGGUGUUCCUGGUGAAAUGACAGUUGAAAUAAGUGGAACUGCUUCACAAGUUCAAACUGCUCAGCAACUGAUACAGAAUUUUAUGGCUGAAGCUGCAGCUCCAGCUCAAGCACAAACAGGGGCUGUAGACCAAGCAUAUAAUCCUUAUGCGGCUCAUAGUUCUGUAUAUGCGUCGCCACCAUCCAAUCCAGGACAUGCAGGCCAUACUGGAGGCUAUGGCUCCGUUUAUGGUUCAAAUUAUGGGUACUAAGCAGCAUUGUUUGAUAUUGAUGUCGUCUUGGAGAUCAUAAAAUGAUUGAAACUUUGUGGAAAAUUACCGAAUCGGUUUAAAGUGUUGGUAUUCUGCACAAUGUUAUGAGUUAGAACAAACUAAACUUGUUGGAUUUGUCGUCUGCAUUAGGCUAACCGUAGGGUUGUGCCAGUACAAUAUUUUUGAAAAAUUUCUGAUUCAAUCUCCAUCUUUCCUUAUAUUUGACUCUCAAAUUCAGCUUUUUCUGUUUGGAUUCGUACAGUCGCUAACGGGCAUUUCCUCUCGUAUGGGUAGUUAAACGUUUUUCUUUGGGCCAAUAUAGUUAAACUUUGUUGAGGCCUUUGGUUUUUCAGGUGCAGCGGGUCUUAACCUCUUGUCAGAUUCAGGGUUUAUUUCAUAAGAGCUUGUCCUUUGUUGGUGCAUAAGAUAAUGAUAAGAUU